AUGGCUACAGAGACAUCAAACCCCUUAGUACAAUUAUUGGCAAGAACUGCCUCAUGAGAACGAAUAAAUAAGAAACAUCUGAUUUCACAAUACGCUAAAGAAUACUCAAAUAUAAAAACAGGACUUAUCGAAACAACCAAAUCUUAUCUGAAAGCUAGGAGGACCAAAGAUUAUCAGUCUCUAAGAGAUAUCAACAGGAGUGUCAAUCUGAAAUAGCUCUGCUAAUAUUGGCACAAGUCCUAUGAGGAUAAAAGAUGGCUACAAGAAAUAUCGAAGAAGCUUCAAUAAGUCAUCAGUAAUUCGACAUAAAAUUAAUGGAGAUUUGACACAUGAGCUCUUUCUGAGCGAAAGUUCAACAUCCCAGUUAGAAAACCCCAAACGGAAGAAGAGACAAUACAAGGGCAGCUUUAUUCAUCUCAAUAAUGAGUAUAACGAAAUCGAGGAUAUCAAGGAGGAUGGUAGGACUUCCCGUAAUAAAGAAAAGAAAGUGAUCACUUUGCUACCUAAUUCAUUUCUCCCUGUGGCCCAGAAGCAGUACAAAAUUAUGGAGGAUUUUGAGCCAAAAAUCAGCUCUAAAUUUCAAAAACUCAGACUCAAAAUGAAAUAAGUGAAGUAGUAAGAUGAGCGCCAAGAUAGAUACCAAGGAUGGAUUGUCAUUCUCCAAAAUAGAUUCUAUGAAAAGAAAUAAUUCAGGUGUGGAGUUUGUGAAUUUGGAGAAAUCAGACUCUAAAGUUCUUAAAAAAUCAUUCAAGACACAGCAAGAACUGAUGAAUAAUAUGAAGCUACCUGUGUCUUUAUACCAGAACAACACGUUUGAUAAUAGUAGGAAAACAAAUGGCAAAGCUUUUGGAAAACCAAGGCAUUCAGAUGAAGUUGUGCAGAAGUCGUCUGAGAAAUCAUUUAACAAAUCAAGCACUUAUGAAGCUCUUAAGAUCUUUAAGGCAGAUGAGGGAAAGUCAAUGAUAGAUCGUUUAAAUGAGAAAAUCAAAAGUAUUCUCUCUUUCUCAAGAAUGCAUAAUUAUGAUAUUGAGAAGAAGAUAGCCAAGAAGCAUAGAAUUCAACUUAAACAACCUUCUACAAGGAAAAAGAGUGGCAGAACUUCUUUGAAGAAAGUUAUUCUCUCUAAAUACUCCCCUCGGCAUGUGCUUGAUGAGAUGGAAGAUAGUAACUUAGGCAUUGGAACUAACGAUAUAUAA